CUCUCCAUCUGCAACCCACUUCUCAGAACUCCCUAUAAAUACCCACUUCCUUAAUCUCUCAAAUCGCAGAGAGAUCCACUUCAAAGCAAAGAAACUCAAUAAACAAGCAAGAAAAAUGUCUCUUAUUCCAAGCAGCUUCUUCGGCGGCCGGAGGACCAACGUCUUCGACCCCUUCUCACUCGACAUCUGGGACCCUUUCCAUGACUUCCCAUUUUCAAGCACAGCUCUCUCAGCUCCUCGCUCUGAGUUCGCAAAUGAAACGUCAGGUUUUGCCAACACACGCAUAGACUGGAAGGAGACUCCAGAGGCUCACGUUUUCAAGGCUGACCUGCCAGGGCUAAAGAAAGAAGAAGUGAAAGUGGAGAUAGAGGAAAACAGGGUUUUGCAGAUAAGUGGAGAGAGAAGCAAAGAGAAGGAAGAGAAGAACGAUAGGUGGCAUAGAGUUGAGAGGUCGAGUGGGAAAUUUCUGAGGAGAUUCAGGCUGCCGGAGAAUGCGAAGGUUGAUCAGGUUAAGGCGAGUAUGGAGAAUGGAGUGUUGACAGUGACUGUGCCUAAAGAGGAGGUUAAGAAACCUGAUGUCAAGGCCAUUGAUAUCUCUGGUUGAGACUAAAACAGAGGCAAGUUCGACCUUCGAUUUAAAACCAAAUAAACAAGUAGAUGAGUGCAAAUGUUGUCUGUAAUCUAAUGGGUUGUUGCCCAAUGGCUUGCUUUUCUUGUCUGAGCUGUGGUUUUGAUGUACCAUUGAGCUGGGUUGUUGCCCAAUGGCUUGCGUUUCUUGUCUGAGCUGUGGUUUUGAUGUAUCAUUGAGCUCUGUUUGUCAAUAAAGAUGUAAACUUUUGGAGUU